AUGGCCUGGCGGGGCCCCGCGCAGGCACCGGCGGGACCCCCGCGGGCACCGGGAGCGCCCCGCGCCGCCCCGACCCGCCCGCUGACCCCGCAGCACCGCCCCGACUGGGCGCCCGAGGCCUGGCCGGGCGCCGGCGGCGGCGGCGGCGGGGCGGCCCCGGCCAUGGCGGCCCCGUGGGCGGCGGCGGAGCGGCGGCUGGAGCGGCUGGAGCGGCGCGUGGCGGGGCUGGAGCGGGCGGUGCGGGCCGGCGGGGCCCGCCUGGCAGCGCUGCUCGGCGACAACGCCCGCCGCCUCCGCCGCCUGCAGAGACAGCUCCGCCGCUGCCGCUGCGGGGCCGGCCGGGCCCCCGCCGCGAACGGGAACGGCAGCGGGAACGGCCCGGAGCGGACACAGGUGCCAGCGGUGGGCGAGGGUGAGGCGGCCGUUCUGCCCGAGCAGGAAUGGGGGAACACGGACAACCAGGACCUCCACGGGAUUGCUGUGAAGGGGAAUUAUGAGGCCACGGUCCCUCUCGGGGAGGAUCAGUCAGAUCAUGUCAGAGGCAUCAUCAUCCCUGGCCUGAUCCAGCUCCCGAGCCCUCCCCAUGUGGAAUGUGGGGGGAUUCCAGGGCCUGGAGAUGCCGAUUCCAAAUCCACGCUGCUGCCACCGGAUGAGGACAGGGAGGAUCCCGGGAUCCCUGAGCUGCCAGAGAAGGGAGCGGUGAUGGGACAGCUUGGUGACGGUGAGAUGAUCGUGAUCAAGAAGGAAGAGCAGCAGCCGCCGGAGGACGGGGCCGAGCUCCUGGCUCUGCCCACGGCCCCCGCGGAGAGACUGGACGAGGAGGGUUCCCUGAGCCAGGAGCAGCCGGUUCCCUGGGAGAGCCACGGCGUGGCUGGGCCGAAGGCGGCCGGGGCAGGACUGGGGGAGUUCUCCCUGGGGGAGUUCAAGCCGGUGGUGGUGCCGGUGGAGGCUCACCCCGCCCCGGGGCUGCCCUUCCCCAUGGAGCACGCGCUGGGCGCGGGGACGGAGCAGCCCUUCGCCCUUCCCCAGGGAAUGCCGCUGGGAGAAGACCCCGGCGCCGAGGGGGCCUCGCCGCAGCCCGGCUGGGAGCAGCACGAUCCCUGCGCCGCCGGGGACGAUCCCAGGGCGCUCCCGCCGGGCUGGAAGAGCGUCCGGCUGACGCGCAACCUCCUGGCGCGGCAGCAGAGGAAGAGCAACGGCUCCUUCAUCUGCUCGUCCUGCGGGAAGAGCCUGGCGCACCACGCGGCGCUGCUGCGGCACCAGCGCCUGCACACGGGCGAGAGGCCCUUCCAGUGCCCGGACUGCGGCAAGAGCUUCAACGAGAAGUCCAACCUCAACAAGCACUACCGGAUCCACACCGGGGAGCGGCCGUACCGCUGCCCCUCCUGCGGGCAGGGCUUCGUGCAGAAGCACCACCUGCAGAAGCACCAGCGCAUCCACGGGCCGCCGCGGGGCGCGUGGCCGGGCCGGCCGGCGCGGGCCAGCGCCGCCGGGGAGCGGCUCUACCGCUGCAUCGAGUGCGCCGAGAGCUUCCCCCAGAAAGCAUCGCUGGAGGAGCACCAGCGCCGGCACACCCAGCAACGGCCCUUCCAGUGCCACGGCUGCACCAAGAGCUUCCGGCACCGGCAGUCGCUGAACCACCACCAGAAGGUGCACGCCGUGGCCGGCUCCCCGGCCGGCAGCUUGCCGGGACACAAGCGGGAGCUGGAGCCCUGCGAGGCUCUGGGCCAGGACAGUCGGUAGCCGCAGGGCUGGAGGAGGGAAGGCAGCUGGGGUCACAUCACCCAGGGACUUGUGGCACCGUCGGGGGCUCCAGGAGGAGGCGACGGAGGAGGAGGAGGAAGGAUGUGCUGCGUGGGCAGGGAAGGGCCCCCAGGGACUGGUCACGAGGCAGCAGAGGAGGGUCAGUGGCUGGAACGGAGCCAGGCGGUGCCGCUGCCCCGUGGAUUCAGCGGAGGAGUGGCUGUGUUGGAUCUCGGGGAGUGGUGGAAUGGAACACUGGGUUGUUUGAACACUGCCAGCCUGGACAGAGGGGGCCUGGGAGUGGUUGCUGGCCUGGGGUGGUUGAUGAUCUGGGAGUGGUCAGUGUCCCCAGGGUGGUUGGUGGCCCAGGGGUUGUCAGUGGCCUGGAUACACUGCGGGGGGCUGGGCUGCGGUUGGAAUCAGUGGAUGAACCAGGAAGAGACUUGGAUAAAAGA